ACCAGUGCUAGGUAGUUAGCAACACAGCUAGCUAACAUGUCAACAACUGUUCGCAUUAACGUCUACACGUGUACAGAUCACAUUUCACCGGUGAAUGAAGGUGUCUGUCGUAAACCGAGUGAAGACAGUUCGCAGCUAGAUUGAAGUGUUUGACUAGUAAGCCGUAACACUUGCUAACCAGGAGCUGACUCGAGAUCAGCAUCGACUGGAGAAAUCGAGUCAUCGGCGGAAGCCUGAGCUCUGGAUGUUUGAACUUCCCUCCUGGGGGUGUUGAACGGAUUAAUCCAGCAUGUGACCAUGGAGCUGUGCAGCCGAGACUUCAGUCCGCUCACAUUCUUCCCUCCUCAAGGCGGCAGACACAGCUGCUAGCUGCAUGUAGCUCACACGCAGUCUGGACUGGUGGUUCUCUCCAGCGACCUUUCUGUAGAUCCAGCCCACACUCUUUAUGUGUGGAGUCAGUUUGUCAGUAGCAGUGAUCCGUUGCUUUGAGCUGGCUUCACUCAUCACAAACACAGUGUGCUGAAGAUGGACGAGGCCUCCCUGACAGUCAACAAUGAGCUGGGCACAGAGGUGGUGGUGUCCUGGGUGUCAGAGCACUGCUACCAGUGUCUGCACCAGCAGCUGGGAGUUGUACCAGCUGCACCCAGUCCUGGACAGCCCAGCUCUGUUGACUUUGUUGUGAGCACACAGCAUGACAUAACACUACAGCUCAACAGCACCCCUGUCAACCUGGAGCUGUGCACGGUUCCGUUCCACUUUGGGGAGCACGGGAACUACUCUCUGUGGGUGAAAAGUUUCAACGACUCCUCAGUGGCGAAUUGUUCUGUGGUGACUGACGCAGACCCCAUCAACAGCUACAUACCGAUAUUAGUGGCUUUUCUUAUCUUUGCUGGACUGACAUUGGUGUCCUGCAUUGGAAGGAUAAUAUUAAGGCUCGGCGUGGUGAAGAAUAUCCUCUUCCGAAUCAGUGGCUCGAUGGAGACGGAGAGGCUCAUCAACUCUGAACUGGGCUCUCCUGGCAGGACGGUGCCACCAUAUACUGACAGCAUCCUCCCUCCUCCACCCAACCCCAGCAAGAGGCUGCGAUCUCUGGACACAUUCAGAGGAAUUUCUUUAGUCAUCAUGGUGUUUGUGAACUAUGGAGGGGGGCGAUACUGGUUCUUCAGACACGAAAGCUGGAAUGGUCUGACUGUUGCAGAUUUAGUCUUCCCUUGGUUUGUGUUUAUCAUGGGGACAUCCAUCGCACUGUCAACCAACUCCCUGCUGUGUGCAGGCUCAACACGCUGCUCACUGCUGAGGAAAACUGUGUGGAGGAGCCUGCAGCUCUUCAUCAUCGGUGUCUUCAUCAUCAACCCAAACUAUUGUCAGGGACCAUUAUCUUGGGACAACCUGCGAAUCCCCGGUGUGUUGCAGCGCCUGGCCUGGUCGUACCUGGUUGUAGCCUGCCUGGAUCUGCUGGUGGCAAAAGGUCACCUCGACAUCCUCACGACGAGUGCUUGGUGGUCCCCAUUCCUUGACAUCUUGCUGUACUGGCCUACCUGGCUGUGUGUGAUCCUCUUAGAAAUCCUCUGGCUGUUCCUCACUUUCCAUCUCCCGGUACCAGAUUGUCCACUAGGCUAUCUGGGCCCAGGUGGGAUUGGGGACAGGGGCCUCUACAUGAAUUGCACUGGUGGAGCGGCUGGUUUCAUUGACCGUUGGCUGCUGGGAGAAAACCACAUCUACCAGACUCCAUCGUCGAGGGUGAUUUAUGCAACCCGCAUGCCUUUUGAUCCAGAGGGUGUUCUCGGCAGCAUCAACUCUGUCCUCAUGGCUUUUCUUGGUUUACAGGCAGGAAAAAUUAUCUUACACUACAGAGAUCUCCACACAAGUAUAAUUUCAAGGUUUCUAAUAUGGGGUCUCUUUUUGGGAGCCACAUCAGCAGUUCUGACCAAGUGUUCCACAGACCAGGGCUUCAUUCCUGUAAACAAGAACCUAUGGUCUCUGUCCUACGUGACAACGCUGGCCUGUUUUGCCUUUGUGCUGCUAGUGCUGCUCUACUUCAUAGUGGACGUACAGAAGUGGUGGUCAGGAGCACCUUUCUACUACCCAGGUAUGAACUCCAUCCUCGUGUAUGUGGGCCAUGAAGUGUUUGAGGAGUACUUCCCCUUCCGCUGGCGUAUGGCAAACAGCCAAUCCCACGCUGAGCACCUCACCCAAAACCUUGUGGCUACUUCCUGUUGGGUGUUCAUCGCCUACGUGCUGUACAGAAAGAGGAUUUUUUGGAAAAUUUAGAGGGACCCCUAAACAACAGUAGCAGAGGACUUUGAUGACAUCAGAAUUGCUGGAGUUCUAAUCUGAAAAUGUUUGGAGCACAGAUAACCGGAGACAAGAAAUGUAUUUUAUCAAAACUAUGAUGUUUCUCUGUUUCUGAACAUAUAUAGGUUUCUUCUUUCAAUCUGUUUAACUGCUUUUUUUUUUACGACCAUUUAUGUUUAAAAGUUUUUUUCCCCCCAAAGAUCUUCAGUUAUGAAGCGUCUCAUAUCUGCCAAAUAUCUCCACAGACUCAGGAAGAACAUGUCCAAGAAUAGUUUGAGAAUUUGAAAACUAACAUUGUUAAUCUACUGUUUGACUUUGUGCUAUAGAUGCAGGUUUCAUUCCUCACCCUGGAAAACCCCAACACUACAUUAAACAGGCCUCUUGUUCACUUCCCUUUCUUUUGCUGCCUAAUAACAGCAUUACUCUGAAAGCUGAAGUAGUUUUUUGCGAGAUUGUGAGAUCCUUUUCCACGACACAAGAGAUUUAAACAAAAGUGAAACAGUGUGUUAAGACUGUAAAAUAAGAAAGAUUUGAUCAUCAUUUAUUAUUGUCAGGUAGAAGGCAUUCUCAAUCCUCAGCACCUUUGCUUAGUAAAGAUCCAGUGUUGUGAUAUAUGAUGCUGUAUUUUACCAAGUAGUGAGGGAGGGCACAUCAGAUGAUGCUUGUCUUGCAUUUUGAUUAAAUGCAUGUUUGUCAUCAAUGGGUUUACAUAAACAAAAGUCACUGAAUUGAAUUACUUUUGCCUUUCCAGAAAUUAUUUGUCUUUCUCUUGACCAAAAUCUGCUAUUUUUCAAUAGCUGUUUUUUUUCAUUCAAUUAAAAUGAGUCAUGAAUUUCGAUAAAGAAAGUUCUUUUUUGUUGUCCAGCUAAAGUAGUUUUAAUGAGAUUUGAAAAUACAUAGUGUAAUUUAGAGGAUUUGUAGGUAUUAUUUAAAUAAUGUGUUUCAGUUCCAUGGCAAUGAUAACUACAGCCUGAAAAAUGACCAUAACGUUGAAUUAAUGCCAGAAGAGUUUGAACACAUGCUGAACAUAAAGACUGUCACAAAGGGAGGAUUUAUCACAGGACUGUUUUUAGACCUCAUGUUUUUACUGGGUUUACCUUAUAAUCUGCCAGAGUUUAUAUUUAAUUAUGUCUUAUCUCACUGCACAACUGUUGUCAUUACUCCAACCAUACUGUUUAAAAGUGCCUCAUCUUGUGAUUACAUUCUAAAUAUAACUCUUAUGAAAUGACUUAUGAAAACCACGUUGUGUAUGUCGAGUAUCUAAAGACCGAGCGAGGUUUUUAAAAUAUCAUCUUAACUGAUGCAAUUCCUUUUGUUCUACUUUUUAUACACUUACAUUUUUUAAAAACAUUUAUAAACUAAAUAGUAAUAUCAUGUAAUAAAUCAUAUUCUGAAAGUACUGCUGCUGUUAUGUAUGUUACUGCCACUGGAUGCUUGAAUUUCC